AUGGGGAAAACAGCAGUUGGGUGGCUGACCGAAGUGUUCAAAGACAUCAUGGAGACAGAGCAGGUGCCAGGCGAAUGGAGAACAAUUACACUAAUACCAAUUUUCAAGAACAAGGGAGAUAUCCAGGACUGUAGCAACUAUCGAGGCAUCAAACUUACCUCACAUACACUGAAAAUGUGGAAGAGGAUUAUAGAUAAAAGGCUACGAAACAGAGUGGUAAUAUCAGAUCACCAGUUUGGCUUCAUGCCCAACAGAAGCACAACGGAUACAAUCUUUACAUCGCGUAAGACAUGUGUAAGAUGUGCAGUUGGUGAUACUGAGGAAUUCGAGGUUACAGUGGGGCUUCACCAGGGCUCGGCUCUUAGCUCCUUCCUGUUUGCAGUAAUAACUGACUGCCUGACUGCCCCAGUACAGAGAGAGGCUCCAUGGGACAUGCUAUUUGCUGAUGAUGUGGUGGUUUGUGCAGUAACGAAGGAAGAAGUAGAACAGAGGUUGGAACUGUGGAGAGAGGCUAUGGAAGUGAGAGGUAUGGAAGUGAGCAGACAGAAAACUGAAUACCUGAAACUGAGAACGGGAAAUGAAGAUACAGACGAGGUUGUAGAAAUGCAAGGAGAGGUAGUAAAACAAGCUUGGAAGAAGGUCACAGGAAUAAUGUGUGACAGGAAAGUUUCGAGCACUGUAAAAGGGAAACUACAAGACCAUGGUAAGGUCCGCAAUGUUAUAUGGCAUGGAAGCAGUAGCUGUCACGAAAGGGCAGGAAAAGAAGAUGGAAGUGGCAGAAAUGAAAAUGCUGAGGUGGUCAUUAGGUCUUACAGGAAAGGACAAAGUCAGGAACGAGGAAAUAAGAAAGAGACUAAGUGUUGGGGAACUGAAUGGAAAGCUACAGGAAAGCAGAUUACGGUGGCUGGGACAUGUACGAAGAGAUAA